AUGGCCUCGCAGGCUGCGGCAGAGAAGCCCGCCGGCCCUGCCCCCAGCAGAGAUGUGGCCCUCAAGCAGAAGAAGGACCAGAAAAAGGAGCUCUAUCCCAUGGUCAACUGGAAAUAUGACAUUUUUCUUCAUGUCAUGGGCAACGUCGCCGACCUCUUCUUCCGCGAGGUUGUCUCGCGCGGAUCGUGGAAGGUGCCGCAGUCAGGCCCCGUCCUGUUUGUCGCCGGGCCUCAUGCCAACCAGUUCGUCGACGGUCUUGUCCUCCAACGGACCCUCCGCAAGGAAGCCGGCCGCCGCGUCUCCCUGCUCAUCGCGCAAAAGUCGGUCCACGGCUUCAUCGGCUGGGCCUCGCGCCAGGUCUCCUCGGUGCCCGUCGGCCGCGCCCAGGACGCCGCCAAGCCCGGCUCCGGCACCAUCUACAUGCCGGACCCCCUCGGCGACCCGACGCUGAUCCGCGGCGUCGGCACCAAGUUUGGCGCCGGCGAGGGCGAGGUCCAGGGCAUGCUGUUCCUGCCCUCGGCCGCGGGCGUCAACGGCGAGAGCAUGAACAUCGAGAAGAUCAUCGGCCCCGAGGAGGUCCGCCUCAAGCGGCCCUUCAAAGGCCGCCUCGCCAUGCAGCAGCUCACCGGCCGCGACGACCUCGACGAAGACGGCCGCUUCACCAACAAGUCGCUCCGCGGCCUCGCGCCGGGCUACCAGGGCACAAAGUACAAGCUCGCGCCGCACACGGACCAGACGAGCGUCUACGAGGCCGUCUUCGACCGUCUCCGCAACGGCGGCUGCGUCGGCAUCUUCCCCGAGGGCGGCUCGCACGACCGCACCGAGCUGCUGCCGCUCAAGGCCGGCGUUGCCAUCAUGGCCCUCGGCGCGCUGGCCGAGUCGCCCCGCUGUGGGCUCAAGAUUGUGCCCGUCGGCAUGAACUACUUUCACGCGCACAAGUUUCGCUCCCGCGCCGUCGUCGAGUUUGGCACGCCGUUUGAGAUCCCCCCGCGCCUCGUCGACAUGUACCAGAACAACCAGCGGCGCGAGGCCAUCGGCCAGCUGCUCGACACGGUGCACCAGGCGCUCAGCGCCGUCACCGUGUCGGCGCCCGACUACGACACCCUCAUGAUGAUCCAGGCCGCGCGCCGCCUCUACAACCCCACGGGCAAGAAGCUACCGCUGCCGCUCGUCGUCGAGCUCAACCGCCGCCUGUCCAAGGGCUACGAACGCUACAAGGACGACGAGCGCAUCACGUCCCUGUCCAAGAGCGUCAAGGAGUACAACGCGCGCCUGCGCUACCUCAACCUCAAGGACCACCAGCUCCAGUACGCCAAGCUCAACAUAUUCGUCGUCCUGGCCCUGCUCCUCUACCGCUCGGCCAAGCUCAUCCUCCUCUUCUUCUGCUCGCUGCCCGGCCUCAUUUUGUUUUCGCCCAUCUUCGUCGCCACCAAGAUCAUCAGCCGUGAAAAGGCCAAGACGGCGCUCGCCGGCUCGACGGUCAAGAUUCGCGGCCGCGACGUCAUGGCCACGUGGAAGAUUCUCGUCGCUCUCGGCCUGGCGCCCACCGUCUACCACGUCUACUCCAUCAUCAUCGUCACGCGCGUGUGGUACGACCGCUUCUGGGGUCUGGUGCCCACGGCGCUGCCCCUGUGGCUCGUCUACCUCGGGGUCUGGGCGACCAUUAUCGGCAUCACCUUUGCCGCGCUGCGCUUUGGCGAGGUCGGGAUGGACAUUUUCAAGUCGCUGCGCCCGCUGGUGCUCUGCGUCUUUCCCUCGUCGGGCUACAACAUCCACCGCAUGCGCGAGCAGCGCGCCGAGCUGAGCACGCAGGUCACCGAGGUCAUCAACGAGCUGGGGCCGGAGAUGUUUUCCGACUUUGAAAAGACGCGCCUGGUGCCGGACGCCAGCAAGCACGACUCGGGCGCACCGCCGACGCCGCUGGGCGAGGGCCGGCGCCGCGACAGCGAGGCCAGCAUCGACAUCUUCGUCGACCCGCCGGCGGACGGCGUGUCGUCGCGGACGCUGCCGCGCAACGACUCGUUCAGUAACAUUGGCCACGUGGGCAUCUUCUCGACGCGGCCGCCGUCGCGGUCCCGCAGCCGCUCGCGCUCGAGCAGCGCGGGCGGCGGCCUGGGCCAGAGCGCGUUCCCCAUCAGCGGCUUCACGACGCUCGACUCGGCCGAGGGCUUCAACGAGGCGAGCCGCAAGAUCCGCCAGGCCAUGAAGGAUCGACGCAGGCGGUCGGACAAGCUCAAGAUGGAGACGGGCGGUGACGAGCAAGAGGAUGACAGCGAUGAUGAGGGUUAUGACGAAGCGAGGAAGAAGGACAUUUGA